AUGCCUGGAGACGAGGCCCAACAGACAAAUCGUCCUAUCACAACCAGGUCCACCAACAGUAAGGGCGUCCAAAGGCAGGAAACGACCAUAUCGAAGCGUAGACAGCCAAAAAGUCGUACCGGAUGCAAUACCUGUAAGGCUAGACGGAUGAAAUGUGAUGAAUUAAAACCCUCCUGCUCGCAAUGCAUAGACCGAGGCGUGGAAUGCGGCGGCUACGUCAGAAACCUCAAGUGGAAGCUGGUGGGAGAGCAGUCUAAGAAACGCGGCAAGCUUGGAGAAAUUCAACCUCAAGCUUCGGGGACGAUGUCCACUGGACAGACACUCAGACCAAGCAACAAGGAUACUACCCCAGAUGACCAGAUUACGACCUCGCCGUUCCAGGCUGAAACGAGUCUAUCAGAUGGGAUCACUAGGGUCAGCAACGCACGGGCACUACAGGCUCAUGAAGAGUCUCUAUGGCAAUCGCUGCCACAUGAUCAGUUAUUCGACUUUGACGACGUUGAUUUCAGUGUCGACUUCUUCCUUGGCGAUGACACUAUCAAUCUGAGCGUGCCUACUGAUUUGAGUUCCCACGCCAAUACUCCAUCAAGGCAGUUGCUGGAACGCAUUGAUAGUCAUGUCCCUUCCUCUACGGACGCGACAGAUAACGAUCCGCGGAAGGAAAAGGCGCCAGAUUUGUCCGACUUGAUUUUCUCACCUCGUUACCCACCACAAGACUUUCAGGAGCUCGAAAAUCACGUUGGUGGCGUACCACAUUCUUCUAGGCGGUUGCAAAGUGCAACUCUGCCUGUUUAUGGUCUGGUUGGCCAGCACCAUCAUAACCCUGAAAACGAUGAUGUCCUCCGGAACCGGCACUUGUCGUUUUCAGACACCCCUCAAGCGGUCAAGCAACUGUUCGACAAGCAUCUCUGCAAUGUUCUAUCUAUCAAGGACGACCCAACCACAAAUCCAUGGGCAAUUCAUGUAUGGCCUUUGGCUGGCAGGUGUCCUGCGCUUUACCAUGCUCUUGCAGCGAUGACAUAUUUAUACCUGGGCAAUGCACAUCCGGAGUUCAACGCGGCUGGCUCGAAGAACUUCCACGCCAGUUUGCAGGCUUUCGAACAGGGAGAAGAUAAUACGAAUGCGGCUGUUGAAGCCUUUCUAGCCGGUCGAUUGGCCCUUGGCUUCGCAGAAGCUUGGGACGAUCAAUCAGCGUCUACUGGUAUCGAGCAUAUUAAAAUUGCUGGAAGGCUUCUUCGAGAUGCUCUCAACAAACACCAGACCACAAGGCAAGUAGGCGACAACCUAGACCGUUUGAUCUUCCUCGCACGCACUUGGAUGUAUAAAGACGUUAUGCUUCGCUUUACAGCUUCGGAUUACGGCGAGUCUGCUGAGAUAGAUCUCAUGACGGCCUACAUUCGGCUUGAUCCUUUACCAGUCGAACAGCAGCUCGAUCCACUUCUUGGUUGUGCAAUCACGUUAUUUCCGUUGAUUGCGGGCUUAACCGACAUCAUCCGAUCUGUUCGACGAAGAACCGAAAAACAUAACUCUCCGUCCACUAUCUCAAAAGGCGCAGAGCUAUGGACAGCAAUCGAGGACUGGAGUCCCUCUUUUGAUCCACAGCGUUCAGCAAACGUCCCAUCUCACAUUUCCGAUAUCAUCCAGACAGCGGAGGCAUAUCGCUGGGCGGCGCUGUUGCUACUUCGCCACGCUGUCCCAGAGCUUCCAUGGGCUCUUUCAUUUUGGGAGCUUGCAGAGAAAGUGCUAAUCUACCUUGCAACCACGCCUGUUACAUCUAGGGCAAUGAUCAUACAGACAUUUCCCCUCAUGGCAAUUGGUGGUGAGGCAUUUGAUGAAGAAGACCGCAACUGGAUAUGUCAGAGAUGGGAUGCCAUGGCCAAGCGCGUGCCGCUUUCGAGAUUGGACAAGUGCAAGCAGGUCACCAAGGAGGUUUGGCGGAGGAAGGAUGAAUUUGAAGCACAACGCGGAGCGUGCCCUAGCUGUGGUGCUUACCGGCCGAGGUCGACGGGAAUCAGUUCUCCCUUGGACACUUUGCCGGUCACCGACGUUUCUGCUGCGUCGUCCAAGGACUCCGAGGUAGGCAGCCGUCGGUGUCAAUGCAGCGCGGUCAAGAGCAUCACUGCACCGGCCUCCAAUUUUCCGGACUCGUUGGCAUUCAGGAAGGGAAUCGACAACAUCACAAGAGCAGGCAACCUGCACUACACGGUCAGAGGGGAAUUGCAUUGGUUGAAAGUCAUGGAAAACUGGAAAUGGGAAGUCGUGCUUGGGUGAAGGAUGUUGGUCUCGGAGUGAGUGGCAUGGACCAUUAUCCCCAGGGCAGCACCUGAUCGGCCGGAGUCGGCGCAAGGCUGCCGGCCGGCGUUGGAGACCCGCAACUUUCACUAACCCAAACUGGAGAAAAAGUGCGGAUAGUCGACUUGCGACGCCUUUUGUGAACCCGCUUUACGUCGCAAUUCAAGAAGCCCGCGAAUGUACUCCCUCAACCAAGGUCAUCUUCUGCGUCAACAAUGGGACCUGAAACAGGGCUGAAGUAUUCGCCAGUUAUUACUCCGGGUGUGAAUGUUUCGGUUUAGACGACAAGAUAGAUGAAAACCCCGUUGUCGUUUUGGCUUUGAAGGACCCGUAGAGUCUGCGCGGACAACCAGAGGAUCGAGUAGAUUUUCAAUCGAAGAACAAGAUAUUCG